GUGUGCUAACAGCGGCAGUGUAUGAAUGGGUUUGUUUUGUGUCGCCGUUAAACUUUGGCCAGUGGGCUCACACCCCGUUGUAUUUCGCCCGUAUUUGUGUUAUUCGGGGGUCUCCAGUCUCCAUUCACCGCUCGACCCAGCUCUUCCCGGUCCUCUAAAGUGAACAUAGAUUAGCAUCGCCUCUUUAACCGUUAUGCUAACUGGAUGUGAUUAGCGUGCUAACUGUUAGCGGCGCCAGCUAACAUGCGGGUUUUGUGUUCCAAAUGGACAAAAGCAGAUUUUAAAACAAUUUCAUCAAAAUACACACUGCGAUAAGAAUCUGGUUCAAGAUGGACCUUAAUUUUUACUCUGACCUAUCGGAUGGCUGUGCUCAGAAUGUUGAUCCGGAGUUUUUGGACUCUCGGGGUUAUGGUGGAUACUCCGAGGAGAGCAAGUUUCCAGAAGGCAGUGAUAGCUACCUGACCAUCAGCGGAGCUGGACACCCUUUUCUGUCUGCAGAGCAGACCUUCCACACUCCCAGCCUCGGGGACGAGGUUUUUGAGAUCCCACCCAUCUCUCUGGAUCCAGAUCCAGCUUUGAGCAUCAGCGAUGCAGUGUCCCACUUCGAGCUGUCAGACGGUACCGGGGGAUCCUCUGGCUCCCGUAGUCUUGUUAGUAACCUGGUGGUUGAAGCCAACGACCCUUCCUUUGCCUCCACCUUUGUAAACUCCGGCUCUCAAGGCCUGGACCAGCUGAACCUGGGUACGAUGGGCCAGGCUGGAGGGGCAGCAUUACUCAGCUCCUCUGCACUAGAACUGGGAAACUCGGGUGGUUCCCAUUUCAGCAGCUCAUCCCCCAUGACCAUCGACGUUCAGCUCGCCGACAUUGGCCACGGUCUCUUGGGAAGCACUCAGCUCUCCACCAUCAACCAGUCGGAGCUGGUUCUGGGACUUGGCGGCGACAACCUGGGACAUCAUUCAGAGGCUCCAGAGCAGCCGCUGUCUGCUACUCCGUCUCCAGCCGGUUCCCUGCAGGAUGAAGACAUGGAUGACUUCAAGAGGAGCGUGCUGGUGGACUGCCCCAUGUCUCUCUCCUCCGCCUCCGUCUUCUCCCACAUGCCCUCCCACCCAGCUCCCCUGUCGUCCGUGUCCCCGGCCACGGCGAGGAGAAGCGGCGGGAAGCCUGCGUCAUUAGCCUCGGCGACCGCGGCAGCGAGCGCAAAGGGAGGGCGGAAGAAGAAAGAUCCCAACGAGCCGCAGAAGCCAGUUUCAGCCUACGCCUUGUUCUUCCGAGACACGCAGGCCGCCAUUAAAGGUCAGAACCCCAACGCCUCUUUUGGGGAGGUUUCAAAGAUCGUGGCCUCCAUGUGGGACAGCCUGGCUGAAGAACAGAAGCAGGUGUAUAAAAGAAAGACGGAAACGGCCAAAAAGGACUAUUUGAAAGCACUUGCAGCUUACAGAGCCAAUCAGCUCUCACAGCCGGCUGUUGAGGAGAUGGACACCUCCCCCUCACCGCCCGUCGCCGAGGUCAACCCGCCUCCUGCGGCCGUCCGCUCGGUGGAAGAAAACACCAUCACCAACAUCUGUGCCUCCAACAUCAUCCUGGACGUUCCUGAGAUGGCCACGCGUUCCCGCACGGGCGCCAACAAAGCCUCCGCCCCCCCGGUGGCCGCACCCCCCCCAGCCCAGACCAUCACCAAGAUCAUCAUCCCAAAGCACAUCCUGCAGGGAGGGGGGCAGGUGGUGACCGUGCUGCCCGGCGGCGUCAGAGCCCUGCAGCCCACCCUUGUGGUGGCGGGCGCCUCGCGUCAGCCGCCGCCCCUGCAGCAGAUGCAGAGCGCCCCGCCGCCGCCGCGGCUCCAGCAGAUGGCCCCGACGCCCCCGCCUUUACAGGCCAAACCGCGCGAGGGAGGCGCCCCGCCAGGCCUCCCCGUGUCCGUCACCGCCACACCUCCACCGCCGCUGCAGAUUAAAAUAGUUCCCGCCGCCAUUCAAGGCCAGGAGGCCCUGCCCGUCAUCGUCUCAAACGCCGCCAACGCAUCGGUCGUCUCUGUGCAAGUCGCCACAGGGAGCCCAGACGAGGACGUCGUCACUGAAGUGAUUCCUUCCGAAGAGGAUGACACGGGCAGGAAUGGGCCCAGCCGUCUUCCGACCAGGAAGAGUCUGUGUUUGAGGGCCGGCUGCAACAAACCCGCCGUGGACAGUGAAGACUGGGACCGAGAAUACUGCAGCAACGAAUGCGUGGCCACUCACUGCAGAGACGUCUUCAAGGCCUGGUGCUCCAUCAGGAACCAGUCCAUGGGGACAGUGAAGUGAAACUCACCUGCUACUGAUCCAGUCAUCACUUAAAACCAGCUCUCGAUGCAGAACGAUGGAGACGCUGUAAAGUUUCUGUUUGAACUAUGAACUCCUGGUUUGACAGUUUUUCCAAGAUAAAAAACUGUCAGUGUUUCUAAGACUGCACAAAGCACAACGAAUCGACACAAAUGCAGUUGGCCUUGUUAUCACAGGACAUGGUAGCGUGUGUAUAACUGUCUAGUUUUAUGUUUUAGUAUAAAAGCGUUUAGAAAGGUCAAGGGACUGACAGGCAGCUAGACGAGUGUGAAACAAGGUCCUGACUAUUUCAGCCAUUUACUUGAAAUGGAUGGAGAAAGGCUGAAAGGAACAAAGAGUAAUAUCUGAACUUUUUUUUACAUGACGCUUUCAUAUAUUAAUGCUUAAUUGUUUUCAGGUGAUAAUCGCCUCUCACAACUCUGCUUCUGGUUUGAUUCAGCCGCUGUAGACCGAGGCAGAGAAGAGUUUGUAUCACUACUCGGUGUUGUCGGGUUCGAGGCCUUCCGAGCUCAUUACUGCCUUCAUGUUUUGUAAAACAUUUAGUCCAGAUCAGUUAAAAUAUGCCAUGUUUUCCUAAUAAAUUGACAAAAUUGCU